GUUCCAGCUAAGCAGGAUGCAGCCUUUUUGCUGGCCCUCCUCUCGCACAGUGCUUUUUAUCCACAGCUAACAGAGACAUUCAUUUAGGUAUGAGUUCAUCAGGGGAAGUUUAUAUCUUCAACUAAAUUUGGUAAUUCAGACCAGCCUGCUCUGUCUCUCCUAAAACAACACAGCUAUAUAUAAGCAGUUUGUCCAACAAUUCCAGCGAGGCUUGCGGAGAUCCCAGAUAAUUUGUCCGAAGCAGGAUUGUUACAGAAAAUCACAUGCUUGUUGGACUGGACUGAUCAGAAGCCUUUUAUGCUAUGUCUUAGAAAACAGGCCAUGCUGUCCGAGCAAUAGGAAGACUGUCGUCCAUGGCAAUGAUUUCUGGUAUGAGUGGGAGGAAGGCCUCUGGGAGCUCGCCUACCAGCCCUAUAAAUGCAGACAAAGUAGAGAAUGAAGAUGCCUUCCUUGAAGAAGUGGCUGAAGAAAAGCCCCAUGUAAAGCCAUAUUUUACUAAAACAAUCCUGGAUAUAGAGGUUGUGGAAGGAAGUGCUGCUAGAUUUGACUGCAAAAUUGAAGGCUACCCUGACCCCGAGGUGAUGUGGUACAAAGACGAUCAGCCUGUCAAGGAGUCCCGUCACUUCCAGAUAGAUUAUGAUGAGGAUGGGAACUGUUCUUUGACUAUUUCUGAAGUAUGUGGGGACGAUGAUGCCAAAUACACCUGCAAAGCUGUUAACAGUCUUGGGGAAGCCACGUGCACCGCAGAGCUCCUUGUGGAGACAAUGGGAAAAGAAGGAGAAGAUGAAGAUGAGGAGGAGGAAGAAUGAAACAAGGCUCAAAGAAAAAAAGAUUGAAAAAAAAAAUAUUUAAAGACUCUCCUUAUAAGGCUCAGAAAACCAAGUUAUCAAAAGCACCUUGUGUGAUAUGUAGGUCUUUGGAGGGUUGUUUUUUCAGCAUGAUCAGUUGAUACCUGUUUGCUUCAUGUAUGGGCAUUAAUGCAAAUCAGCAGGCAAUUUUAAGUUGCUAGCAGGAUUGGAUUUACUUUAAGCAAGUCAUC